UCAUGCAGAAGAGUUUUGCACACAAGUUAUGCUGCAUUUUUGCUAAGUAACAUUGCACAUCUAUGUGCUUUUUCGGUAAUAUCUGUAGGGUUUUUUUUUUAGGUACUGGUAUUCAUUGUACAAAAUGGAUUGAUAAAGUAGAAUUUGUUCACAUUUGCAUGAUGGUUUUGUGAAGAUUUUUGCUUAAAAUUUAUAACCAACGUAUGAUCUCUUUUGGAUCUGCUAGGUCAUUAUCUUUACUAAAUAGAAACAUAUCGAUGUUGUUAGCUAGUACCGGGACUUAGAUGUCGUAUAAACUAUGUUGUAAACUAAUCAAAUUAGGCUAAUAUAAUGUCUUCAUAUGAGCUUCUUUGUGUAUACAUUUAGCCUUUGUGUUUGCACUCACCUGUGCUAAUGAUGUCAUUUUCAGGAAAUUAACCAUCAAGGGAAAAUAAUGCAUAUGCCCAAGUUAUUCUUAAUAGUUGCUCUGGUACAUAAAUCCACAAUGUGGAAUAUAGUUAUGGUUCUGUAAAAUUUCUGGUUUUUCCUUUUUUCCAGUGAAUAUAUUAUCAAUGGAAUUCCACCUAAUUUCUUCUUUAUUUUCUGUUUUGACUGAAGUCUAGUAGAGAGUGUUUGCCUUUUUGUCUGGCCCUCAGAAAUAUCAGAUAAACUAGUACAGAAAGCAUUAGUAAAAACACUAAAAGAUCAUGUGAUUUGAAUAUGCUGUAGGCCAAUUUAUUUUAUUCAUUCUUGAUGUUGUUGACGAGGGUUAGCACUUGGUACAAAAUAACUUGUGACACAUACCCACUGCUGUACUGCAGUGCUUAGGAGUAUGAGAUACAUUAAUUUUGGCUUGGAGUCCUCUUUUUGCAGGGAAUGGUGUUUGAUCUUGAGAAGGGGUCAAUCCUACGUGUUGAUCUUGCAAAAUCUUAUUCCUGACCUAAGCGCUCAAGAUCAGAUAGGGUUGGAUUCGAACCGAACUUGAGCUCAGUUUGAACGAGCCCGAAACGAACCAAUCCUAAAUAAGCUCGAGUCUGCAACUUUGAGCUCAAACUAUUCGUUAAACUUGCAAAUUAAAAAUUUUUGAUACAAAACGACAUCGUUUUAACCAAUAUGUAUUAAAAUGAUGUUGUUUUAAUAACGAGUUAGUUAAAGUUCGAGCUCCAUUUUUGCAAAUCCAGCUAAGCUCGAGCUUGAGUUUGGCUUGGCUUGGCUCAAAUCGAAUCCAACCCUACUAUCAAAUGAUGUAUGGAGUGGCUCAGAUAAGAAAGCUAAAGGGUUCUCCACAUUUUUUAUUAUGGUUUUGGCAGCAUUCACUUGCCUGGAAUGGGUAAUUCUGCUUACAGCAUAUUGGUUAUCCACCUACACAAAGAAUCAUUCUUCAGCGCCCCCUGAUGUUGCCAAAUUUGGUACCCCAUGUCCAGCACUUUUUGUGGCCAAUCUCUGGUCAUCCUUUAAAGAACAACUGAUUCAAGUCUUUUCAAGAUGCUCAGAAUAUCUGAAAUUAAAGAAGCAGAGCACAUAUGGAGCUUCAGUUGCAUUUGUUGACUUUCAGGAUAAUUCCUAUUCAACGGCAGCACUAACUAGCCUGCAAGGCACAGUUCUCUACUCAUCUCCAGGUGGCAUGCGGUCAGAUCAAGGAUGGGUAUGCCUCAGAAGACAAAAUGAUGAAGAGUUAAUAUUAUUAUUUUUUAAUAACAGGAGAAUCUUAUCUGAGUCGGAUCAUCUUUUCAUAAAAUAAAUUUAAAAUUUAAUAUUUGAAAUAUUGUUAGAAAAGAUUUUAAUACUCAUAUUUAAAAUCUUAUCCCUUUUGUCUCUAAAGCUAUGCAUUCUCGAGGCCUAUUAUUAUUAUUAUUUUAGUUGAGGAAGAAGAGUGGAUACGAGGAGAAGGCAGCUGAGUUGAAGGUAGGUUUGACCUUUAAAAUAAUAGUCGGUGAAGAGAAAGUCUUAAUAGCAUGAAACAUUUCUUCCAGAAGUAAAUAUCAGUAGUAGUAGUCAAGUUUAA